UGUACGAUUUCCUACUUCGUAUCGAUUUGAUUUUUGACAGUUCGCAGUAUAAAAUUUAACUAAUUGAUCGUCUCCAUGUUAAGUUAAUUAUAUUCACGCGACAUAUUCAAAUCAUUUUCUCUUCUGUAAUGUAUCGCAAGAGCUUUCUUGCCGCAUUAUGAAAAAUCGAUUGCUCGGUUACAUUUGCAUCUUCAUCCUGUUCGAGGUAAUAACGCAAUCGCCGAUUUACGCGAAAGUCAUCAACGAUACCUGCAGAGCGAAACGAGAGAUAGCCGCGAUAUCGCAACCGAGAGAUACCGCAAAAAAAACAGCAAAGCAACUGGAAGAAGUGAGUUUGAAACGCGAGAGAAACGACGAUGCUCUUCUCGAGGAUGGCGAUGCACAUUUGAACGAGAAACAUAGGAUUUCGAGAAGAUUCGCCAAUUCGGUGAACACCGAUUCUAAGUCCAGCAUCGAAAAAUCCACCGAUUACGAGGCUGCAGCCGGUUAUCGUGUACGACGCUUGAACGAGGAAUCAGAUUACGCGGAAGAAGCGGAAGAGGAAACGAACAAAGAGGAGAUAGGGAGACAAGAUCAAAAGACGGCGAGCAAUCUCGUGCGAUUAUCUCGCGACGUUAACGACAAGUACACCGAUCAGGACGAACGAUCGAGUCUGUACGACGACUACGAAGCGAAAGAUGUCGCAAAGCGCGGCAUCCUGGGCGGUCCGGAAGAUUACGAAGAAGCUGAGGACGACUCGUCGAAAAUAGAAGACGUGGCUGCGUUGCAGGAACAAGAACUCGCAUCAAACGAAGCCGACAAGAGAGAGACGCGGAACGACGCGCGGGUGAAGAGAGAUCAGACAGUUGCGGGAUUGCUUGUUGACAAAAGCGAUUCAACUCCGGACAACGCGCCAAAGUUGGACGAGUUGAAGAUCGCGGAGGAAGAUCCUACCUCGUCGCGCCGAGUUUCUCUCGUCGAGUCGACGAAAAGUUUCGACGGAGCUUCGGACGAUAUUAGCAGCAAGACAAAAGACUUUGAAUCGAAUGUGAUUGAGAAUCCAAGAUCGAACGAAGCUUCUCUCGAGAUUAAAGAGCCAACGGGUGUAAUCGCUCCGUCGUCAGCGAACGACGACUUGAAUGCGGAAUACGAGAAACGUGUAGAAGACGAGAUUCAACGGAAGAUUGAUUUCAUCAAGGAAGAGAUCCGACGUGACAUCGAGGCGCAAGAGCGAAUACGAGAUAUCGAGGCGAACAACGCGAAAUUCGAUGAGCUACGGAAACACGAAGACGAGGAGGAAGAACGGAAUGUCGAGGGUGAACCGAUUGAAAAGAGACAGAUUGUAGCAAAGAGAUCUGUACGAAAAGAAGACGUGAGAAAAAAUAACGACAAGAGAUCCGCAAAGGAACAGCGCAACAAGUUGCAUCGAUCCCGCGAAAUCGACAAGUCGAAUGCUUCGAACGAGAACAGAAGUGCGAACAGACAAUCCGGACAGUUGCCCGCGAACAGACUUGUCAAAAAGAAGCGCGAGCGCGACAGGGAAAUGUUUUUGCUGAACAACGAGCGCGAGUCAAGGAAGAGGCGCUCGAGAAGUUACACAUCUGAUCGAACAGGUGUCACACCGAAAAAUGAAUUAUUCGCAGAUCGAGAUUUGAAUUCUCGUCUCCACACAGAUGAUAAAGCGCUUCCAAACUCCGAUCCGUCCGAGAACGAGAGAGAGGAGAAUCGCGUCUCAUCGGGGGACGAGACUUCCUUGGUAUCUCUCACCGGUAGUUCGCAGGAAUUGAGUCCGCGUUUAGCGAGAGAAUACAAAGAGGCUUUCGGCGGAUUGCAGAGCGAGUCCGGCGGCGCUCUGGCGAGAUACAAGCGGGUCAAACGCGUGCUCAGCGAUUCCGAUGCAAAAAUUUGAAGUUCUCGAGUAGUAAACUAAAUAAAAAUAGCACGUGUCUAUUUUAUAUUCAGAAUACGCAAUUUUUUGGUGAAAAAAAAAGAAAAAAAAAAUAAUUUUCCACGUGGCGGAAAAUGAAAUUUCACGAAAGACGCGUUCCGCAACUGUAGCAGUAACAGAGAACUGAAUAAUAGGAAUACAUAAGCGUAGAUUUACACGUGUAAUAGAAUAUUAUAGAGCGGAAGAGAGAGAGAGAGAGAGAGAGAUCUAUAUAUAUAGGUAUAUGUAUACGGCGCUUGCGCUUAGAAAGGAUUAUGUAUACUUUAUAAGGGAAUAAUAUAUAUAAAACACUACGGUGUGUGGUGAAUCACGAGACAUUCAGAGAUUGCGAGUCGAUUUAAUUGUAGCCUAAAAUGAACGAUAUAUAAAUUCUUGACAAAAGUGAAUAACUAUGUGUUUUCUACCGCUAAUUAUAUACUUAUAAAUCUGGGUUUUUUUUUUGUUUCUUUUUUCUUACGCCGGUCGUGUAGAGCGUCAAAAAGAUAUAAAACGAGUCGAAUUGUUCUUUUUUUUUUCUCUCGGACGCUUCUCUCUUAACAAUCUUAAAAUAUCGUUACAAGCUAUUUAAAAAACACGAUUUUUUUUCGCAAAGUAAAUUGCACACGAUCGUCAACGCAUCGUUUGCAACGAUGAGAUGUACGCACGCGCUUCGGCAAUAUUUUUCAUUAUUAUAUAACUUUAUUUUUGAUAAAUUUUUAUAAUUUUAUUUAACAGAGACAGUAAAAUUCGAAAUCAAUCAAUUGAUUUUCAAACCUCUCCGCACACAGUACACACUAGAGAAACAUUAUGUACAAUGACUUGUCGAUCGUCGGAAGGCGUUUCUUAUUAAUUAUCACCAUAGAUCAGUUAGAAAACCCGGAGAACGCGGGCACUUGACGAACGUGCACAAGUCGACUGCGCGGAAAAAAUCAUGCGCUCGCGCCAGUGACAACAAUUUGAAAUAUAACAGACAAUUUUCCACAAGUCGCAGGUAUUAACUUUUUGUUACAUUUAAUUGUAUGAAGUGUGUUAUUAUGUAUUAUUAUUAUUAUAUAUUUUUUUUGAUUGUAUAAUUAUAAGACAUUACUGCAUGAUGCAUUAACAAAACGACAUUAAAUAAUCUAUAUUUGUAUCUCUUUAUUUUACAAAACGAUCGUUAUUGUUUUUUUUUUGUUUUUGUUAGUCUUUCUUUUACCUGUAUGCAAAUUUUCGAUAAUGUGACGUUCUCCGGGUUGCCUUUUAGCGCCAAUCGAGAUAAAGAGAUAAAGAGAGAGAGAGGUACCUAGGCAAAGACACAUACGCUUCGUAAACGUUCAAGAUUUAAUUAAUAAAGUUUACGAGUAAACACGAAGAAGACACAUAAAAUCGUUAAUUGUUCUGUUAUUUUUGUUUGUUUUUUUUUGUGCGCUUACAUUGUGGACAUUGCCGGAAAAAAACGGCGACAAUUGCGCCGCAAAGUACCGGCAUUUGUGUCCCGUAAUAUCUCCGAAGUAUACAAUCCGCCCCUUGCUCUCGUUCCGUUAAUCAUUCUACUUUACAACAAUAUAAAACAGUUAUUUACAUCGACGGCUAGAAGGAUUCGAAAAACGAUGAGAAAUAGUGUCGAUAGGAAAAACUUGAAUGUUAAAGAGAUGUUUACUUGGCCGAGUGAGUGUGUGUGUGUAUGUGUGUGUGUGUGUGUAGUAUGCGUAGUGUGAAUGAAUACUUUUUAUAUCUGGAUGCUGCUGCUUUUCUAGACGUUAGCGAAACUGAAAAAGAAGAGAAUAUGUUUUCAGAAAAUACGAAACAAGAUAAUUGAGAGAAAAUUAUAAGUGUAUUACGAUCGCGUGCAAAAUUUGUGUCAGAUAUUAUUCUAUUAUCGCGCGAAUCCAUCUCGAUAUGCGUAAUUAAAAUUGCAUGACGCGUUUCUCAAGAUAAUACUUUUCUCUGAAAUGUAAAUUUUCGUGAUGGUCGUGAUGGUCGUGAUGGUUCGGUCUCGUGUGUGUGUGUAUAUAUAUAUAUAUAUAUUGAAAUAUAUACAAUAUACAUAUAUAUAUAUAUUGCAUACGCAUAUAUAUAUAUUGCUUCACUCGACUUGUUGCGGAAGUUGCGUAACGCGCAUAACCGCUACGUACCAACGACUGAUAGAGAUGACCUAAUCGCUGGAUGUAUACGCGUUUUAAGUGAUCUUUGAUAUUUGCGCAACUUAUGAUAUCACGCAUCGCAUAGAAAAAGCAAACAAAUGUCAAAGGACGUAUUUACCGGCGCACCGCGAGCGGAUCGUGUAAAUACAUAUAUCGUGCGAAAAAAAAAA